AUCCAGGAUUUAACAAACAUGGUGGUAUAAUAAGUAUACGUCUAAUGUGGCCUUAAAUUUUUGUAAGAUGCCUUCUUUGGAAAAUUGCACGUCAUUAACCAUAAUUCCCAACCUUUCCAAAAGUGUAAUAAAAUUUUAGUUUUAUUCCAGUUUUGCCACAAGGCACAGUAGGCUGUUCUUCACGGGUAGUUCGGAAGUUAUGCUGCUGUUUUAGUGUAUCUAGUCCAUCAAAUACCAGAAGAUUUUAUCAGGACUAUAAGAUAUUUUCACGAAGCAUGUGUAGACAUCGAUGGGCUGACGAUCGGCGGUUGGGAAUGAAAGUGCGCAAACAAGCGCUUCAUCCGUCUCACCCGGGACUGCCGCACCCCACCUCCUCCCCAUCAUUUAGUGACAGGCGGUGGGUCGGAGGAUUUCAGUGAGACGCCCUCACCAAAAGAAACACUUGAUACGAGAAAACCAGCAAGUAAGAGUGUUUCCCCCGAACCGACUUUGCACUAUGGGAGUAUCCUCCUCCAGUCUCCUGGAUGAAAAUAAAACCAACUAUAUCCGAGGCCAGGCGGAUGCUGAGCUGCAGGGCUUCCAGUCCCACUACAAGCGGCAGUACACCUUGGCCUUCUUCACCUGGCUGCAGGAUGAGGUGGAGCAGCACAAGGAAGGCCAAACACAGCUCCUUAAACAGAGGGAGCCCCCCCAGGCCACCGAGACCUUGUAUUCAGAGAAGGUGCUAUAUUUCGAUGACACCAGGAAGUGGAAGGAGAGGUUUGUGGUGGUACGGGGUGACUAUAGUCUGGAGUGCCAUGACAGCUAUGAGACUCUAAUGAAAGGAUUGCUGCCGCGAUACAGUCUGCUGCCAGCAGGGGGCACUGUUCUGACUUCAGAGGAGAAGUACAUGGCCCUGCUAGACAAGUGCUUCCCAGAACCCAACAGUGCGAGCGAGGAGUCUCCCCCACCGGUGGUCAUCCCCCAAGGCAAGUUCCCCGUGUUCCUGAGCCUGCCGUACCACAGGGACUCCUACUUCUGCUUCCAGAGUGAAGACCUGCAGAACGCCUUCAUCUCUGUCCUGACAGACUGCAUCCGACACCAGAACUACGACUUCCCGAGGAACACCUCAUAUGAAGCCCACGCCUUCUUGAAAGCCGUCCGCUUCUACAGGGAGGAGAAGGGUCACCACGAGUCCUGGGACAUGCUCAUGGGCAGUGAUGACUCAGUCCUGGCCAACUUGGUAAUGGAAGAGCUGAUCCCUUCUCUAGAGGCAGAGCUGCUACCUCGGCUGAAGGGGAAGAAAGCAGACCAGAGAAGAGCCUGGUUUGCGACGGUGGAGGCGGCGUACCUCCUGGUCCAGGAUCAGCUGCAGAAGGGAUUUACGGCCCUGAAAGCCGAGUGCCAGGAGGCAGCCAAGCAACAAGAGGGGCUGAUUCGCUCUCACAUGGAUGAGAUCAUCAGCUCGCGGGCCUUCCUGGCUGGCAAGCUCAGAGCCACUGUGAAGGAGCCAGCAGUGAAGUUCUGCUCAGAGAAUGUCCAGCCAUACCUGGCCUCCAUCCUGGAGGAGAUCAUGGGCCCCAUUAGCUCUGGCUUCCAGGAGGUACGCCAGCACUGUGCAAGCCACAUGGACCAACUCUGCCGGGACUUCCAGGAGGUCCACGGUGCAGAGGAGCUCAAACAGGCUCUGGAGCAGAUGGGGAGGGCAGAGCUACAGGACUGUUACAGGCACGUGGACGCCCUCAGCCAUCAGCUCCUGGGGCUCCAUGAUCGCUUCGGAUUCUCCAACAGCAGCUGGCUGGUCCACAGCACCCAGAUUGACAUGCAGCAGCUGAUGAGGAACGCAGCAUACACGUUUGAGCUGCUUCUCCAAACAGCACUGAAGGACAACCCCCCCAAACUGGCCUCAGCCGUGGAGAAAGUGAAGCAGCGCGUCCUUAAGCAAUAUGACUACGACAGCAGCACGGUGAGGAAGAGGAUCUUCCAGAAUGCUCUGGUGGACAUCACCCUGCCUGCGAUCAAGCAGAGCGUGGCUCCAACGUGUAGAGCUGAACUACAUAAAUUUGAUCAGUAUAUCUUUGCUGAUUAUGCAAAUUUCAUCCAAGUGGAAAAUGUCUAUGAAGAUAUUCUGCUGCAGAUCCUGGAAAGUGAAGUCAUCAAAGUGGUGAAGGAGGCGGCCAGUCUGAAGAAGCACAACCUCUUUGUGGACAGCACAGACCCGCCCUUCGUCAGCCAGUCCAGUCUAGGUGACAGUCGGGCUCCGCUUGAAGCCACCCCCACCAAAGUCCACCCCACUGCUCUGGCUCUUGGGGACAGUGUCUCAAGCAGUCUGGUGGAGAGAGACUCACCCAGUGUGCCGCAGGAGGAGGAGGAGGAGAAAGUGGAGCCUUCUAGCUCAGCUGAGACGGAAGAGGACGAUGCAUCCACCAGCCAGACAGGGACUAUGGAGGAGGACUGGACAGCUGAGUCAGCUCAGAUGAGAAAGGUUGAUGUUGAGGACAGGGCUCAUUCUGAGGAGCAUCAUUAUGAUAACGUGGCUGUCGUAGAAGGGCCAGCUGCCGAAGGGGGCGUCACACUGGAGGGCACACAUCAUCAUUUAGAUACCAUGGAGAAAAUGAAGGUGAGUGAAGAAUCUAAGAGGCUUCAGACAGAAAAGAUGGAGAUGGAUGACAUGCCAACUCUGGGCCAGAUAAAGGAAGGCGAGAUGGAUGAUGCAGCCAGGGUAGUUAAAGGAGAUGAGUCAACCUGUUCCAGUUCUCCUACUCUGACAGUGGACUGCAGUGAACCUCAGACAGCCAAGGUGCCAGGAGCCGCAUGGCAGCUUCUUACUGAGGAGACCCAUUUGGAAUGUCCUGUAGAGGUGAUCAAAGACUCCGAUCCACUAACCCCUCGCCCUGACCUUAACGCAGAAGCACAGGAUAUCAGGGCUCACUCAGAGGAAGCCGAUGACGGCACAGUAACCGUUUCUGUGAGUGGCGAUGUAAUGACAGCUUACAGAGAGGACAACUUUGACCUUUGACCCUCUAGAAUGCACAGAGGUCACCCAAAGGUUUGACUCUGCUUCCAUGGCCACAGAAAGACAGGCAUGUCACCAUCUCAGGCAUUCCGUUGAGGACAAAUCCAUAGAAUAUUUCACUCAAUCAGUCAAUCAGUAGACAAACACUGCUUUGUGCCCCCCCCCCCCUACAAGGACCUCAAAGCUGUGGCAGGGCAGCCCCAAGAGCAGCCACCCCAGAGCUUGUGAAGGAGAGCCAGGAGAUCCUGGUGGAGAAGACAGAGGUGGAGGAACUGCUGCUGGGGAAUCCAGAUAAAGGCAAGGCAUAGAGUUCAAAGGCACAUGCAAAUCUGCGGGGUACAGUGGGUGUACAUCUAGUCAGGGAAUGGCACAGAGCACCUAAUCAUGCAAUUACUUUCAUGAAUGGAGCGGAGAUUAAGUUAGAAUCCCCCCUCCAUCACAGAAACACAGAAUGCUUCCUGUCCCAGCUUGGAAUCUUGACAAACUAUCAUUUGUGCAUAAAUAUAUCUGUGCUUUGCUAUAAUUAAUGUGCAUAGGUGCUGCAUAGGAGUCACUGAAGGCCAAAGACUUUUCUAGUUUAUUCUACAACUAAAUGUGUGUCCCAAACACAAGAAGCACUUCCAUUGACUCUACACUAUUUUUCUAUUUUAUUUUGAGAUGUAUUUUGAACAACUGAUCUAUCAUUUUCUGCAUGAGCACUGCCACUGCCUGUCACAGUAACCAUUAGUUACAGGAGGAUGAUAAAGCUGUUACUAACUGACAGGAACGCUCUACAUGCUAAACUUAGCGGCCGGUUGUUUCGGAUUUGCUAUGGUGUCAACGUCCCACAAUGGUUUCUCCUUUAGCAACCGACUGAGCACCACCCCGCGUCAUGAGCCACACCUCCCCACUGCACCAUGACAGGAAUCACAAAGCCAAUCUGAGCUGCUGGUGUAUUUUCAUCCUUUCCCGGACAGCUGGGAAAACAGCUAAUCUAGUCAUCCUGCACAUUCUGCAUUUAAAUGGUCGCAAGCAGAUGAAAUAGCAGCCAGCCUGUUCUGUAUGAACAGUUCUGUUGUAGACACUGUUCAUAAUGUCACACUUCAAUGUAUGUAAGACGGAGGACGGUCAGAUUAGCCCUGUUAGGAGCGUCACGCACAUGCCCUUGGAACCAAAGAAUACACAUAAUUCAUAUAAGAAAGUCUGGUUCAGUCUUUGGUUUAUUAAUGUACAGUCUGUCGUAUUAUAUUGAUGAACCAAAACAACAAAAAGCAAAGUCAUUUGGAAAAUAUGGCUAUUUACAGUGUCACAUGUGCAGGAAAGGUCCUAGCCAAUGUGGCGCCCUAGGUGAACAUCACCGCCAGCGCCCCCUGUCUGAGGCUAAGUGAAAUUGGCUGGCAAGACAGCGCCCCCUAUGUCCCCUAUAGGAUUGACCGGCCCUGCACAUGUGUAAGGACUAGUUUGUCUAUUUUUUUUCCGUUUUGUCAUGGAAUUCAGUGCAUCCGCAAUAUUUCAGAAGAGACUGCAAAGUAUAUGUAUAAACAUAUCAUUUCAUUAAAUCACUUGAAAUUGUAUACUAAUACAAUGAGAAAUGUGCUGUUACAAACUAAUAAAUCCAACUGAAAGCCAAAACCCUCA